AUUGUGGCGCUGAGAGGAAAAAACCGAGGUAGUUUACUCUAUCGCGCGGUGGAGAUCUCUAAGUACUUACAGAUCCAAGCGAGUGGAAUGCGACGGAAAGCAUGUGCUUCUGGUUUUUAGCUUGAGCUUAUCCCUUAGAAGCUAUGUCCUAGCGAGAUACUUUUAGAAUUUAUAUCGAGGCCUUGGAACUCUGGCUGCUUUUCUAAUUCGAAAUUUAUCUAUAGGACGUCCAUAAAUUAUCUCGAUUUUAUUUUCUUAUUCGCUAUCACGCAAUUGGUAUCGCCGAAAAAAUGCCUUCCGUUCUAUCCGACCCGGUUAAGCUGCCAUGUGGUGUUGUUCUUCCCAAUCGCCUUUCGAAGGCCGCGAUGGCUGAACAAAUGGCCAAAUCGUCAGACCAUACCCCAGACGACAGUUUUGUCCAGGCAUACAGCCGAUGGGCUGAAGGCGGAUGGGGAUCUAUUCUCACAGGAAACGUCCAAGUAGAUGCGAACUACUUGGGUGGUCCGAACGACCUGGCACCCCCUCGGUAUUAUGACCCUGAAAAGGACGCCGCCGUCCUCCAGCGGUGGAAGAAGUAUGCGGACGCAUGCCAGAAACAUGGCUCUCCAGGUAUCGUGCAGCUCUGCCAUCCAGGCCGACAGUCGCCUUUAGGAGCUGGCGAGCGGGGUCUCCUCACAUCGACAAUCGCGCCUAGUCCAAUCCCCUUGGAUAUUGGAGACGGAAUCCUAGCUACGCUAGUUCGCAUGCUGGUCUUUCCCACGCCGAGGGAGAUGACGGUUGCGGAUAUCGAGACAGUUACCCGCCAAUUUGUCGAUGCUGCUCGUCUUAUGGCGGAUGCGGGGUUUUCGGGAAUCGAGCUUCAUGGUGCGCAUGGAUAUCUGAUUGACCAAUUCCUCUCCCCCAAGACAAACCACCGCACCGACGCAUAUGGAGGUACUCCAGAGAGACGCGCGAAGUUUCUCUUGGAUAUCAUCACAGAGACCCGGAAGGCUGUCCCAGCUAACUUCUGUAUCGGAAUCAAGUUAAAUUCCGCGGAUCACGACUCCAGCAAUUUCGAGGACGUGAUGACCCAGAUCGGUCUCGUGGUUGCGGCCGGAAUAGACUUCAUCGAAAUCAGCGGUGGAUCGUAUGAGAGUCCAAAAAUGAUGGGCUACGAACUCGCCCAAAAGGAACAGAAACCGACCUCCUCCAGGACCGCUGCUCGGGAAGCAUUCUUUCUCGACUUCGCUCGAGAGGCGCGCAAACGCUAUCCCGACGUCGUCCUCAUGCUCACAGGUGGUUUCAGAAGCCGUCAAGGCGCCGAAGCUGCCGUGAAGGAGAAUGCAUGUGACCUCGUUGGAAUCGGACGUCCAGCAUGCGUCAAUCCCAGAUUCGCGCACCUCCUUCUGGACGAUGGCACCAAGGAUGAGGAGGCCCAGUUGCCGCUGGAGAAGGCGCCAGUGCCGACGUUGAUGAAGUGGUUGCCUGUGAAGAUUCAGAGCGCAGGAGCAGAAUCCGUAUAUUAUAUGGCCCAAAUUCAACGAUUAGCCAAGGGAUUGGCGACGUAUGCACCUGGAAUUUGAGUCACAUAUGAAUCGAAGGAGUGAGCCUAGAGCAAUGCUCAGUUGGAAAUCGAGGAAAAGCUUCAGAACCGGCUUAUCAUGUCUGUUAUUUAUAGAUGCAUCUAGAGGUACGUCAUUAGAUUAGGAGGCGUCUUUUCUACUACCAACAUACAUUGGUGGGAUCUAUUUAUCGUAUGUAUAUUAUUAGCGCCUUGCGCGAAUCUAUCGUACAUCCUAGUCGU